AUGGCGCGCAUCCCGAGGUCCGAAGCUGAGGGGGUGCCGCCUGCCCGAGGCACACAUCUCGGGUCUACUGUGGCGGCCACUGAUCCCCCUGAGGUCACACAUUCGGCAUCAGAUGACGGAUAUGAUGCCGUAUCGAAGCUGGUCACGCUGUACGGCGUCGACAACACGGGUUUGGCCGACUUUUACAGACAUAAUAAGACAGCCUUCGCCGAGGCUGUCGUAGACAGAUUUCAUCGGCGUGAUCGCAGCAAGGGCCUUCUAUUGGACACACGGGAUUCUCCGCUGGUGGACAUAAGGUCAUAUUCUCCGUUCGGUGAGGAAGCGGAGUCCAGUGAAGCAUGCGGAACUGCGGCGUCGCCGAGUACAAGCGACGUCGAAGUGUCCGACCUCACAACACACCCAAUAGCUCAUGAGAAGAUAAUUCACGAAGUCGUGGCAGAUGAUGGCAACGGAGGCAGCACCUUGCUGCUCGAGAAGGUUGCCGACCGUGGGGAAUCUCCGCAGACUGAUGUUGCUCUGUCGGAGGCACCGCCCCAGGAGUCGGAACAAGUCAUCGCUACAAUCGCUGAAGCGUUUGCUACAAAUGACGAUUCUAACAAAGAUAUAACUGUCAAUUCAGAUGACACAACUUUAUUGCCGGAGGAGGCGGAUGCCUCUAUCGAGCCUGUGACAGAUGCGCCCGACGUCAUACACGAUCAACAUGUAACGAACGUAGAUGUGUCCCAAUCACCGCCUGAAGUGGCCAACUACGAGCAUGAUCAGAUACUACGCAAAGUGGAAAUGCUUUCGCCUGAAACCUUAGAAAUGGAUUCAGAGAGGUUGCGCCAAGACCCGCACAACACACCAGCGGAUGUAAACAUUUCAGUCGGAAUGACAGAGCCAUUGGAUUCUGUCAAAGAUAUCGCAUUAACUCCGUGUGAUAAGGUUCAUGGUUCCACAUCUCAAGAAACAGACGUCGAUGAAUCACACGCCGAUGCCACCACAAACCCGGCAAGCGUCUUGGAGGAUUGCCAUGAAGAAUUCGGCAGCGUGACAGACCCUAGUGUACCAGUUGGUUGCAAAACGGCUUCGAUUUCAGAUGCAGUAUCGCAAGAUCGCGGGGAUUGCAACUCCUGCGAUUCUCAAAUUUGUAUUAACGACGAAUGCCCUGUGGUGGUUCAUUAUUCAGCCGACGAGCAUUUGGUGGGCAAUGAUAUGGAAGAAAUGCCUGCCAGCGAACAGGUUAAUGAGGAACCCGAAGAGCCGGUGCUGCAGCCUUGCGAAGUCAACACUCAAAGCGAAACGUUGAUCAACGAUUAUGUUGGGUCUGUGGAUGAGCAACGGAGAGAGUCGACGGAUAUCGAGGUGGACGUAUAUAAAGCGGAUGAAAUCAUGGACAGCACCCCGGAGGUCAUUUGUGAUUCUGCUAACUGCCGGGAAGCUCAUGGACUACACAUUAUUGCGAUCGAUGACGCAGAAAGUCAAGAAUCUGUUAUGGUUGAUGAACAGGCCGCAAUUGUAGAAUCUGAACAGACCCAGGCUAUUAUCGCACAUGACAUGGAGGAAGGUAAUUUUAGCGAAUCAGUGGAGUUUCAAUCUGAUGUGCCUCUAAAUACAGAGGUCGACGAAUCGCCGUCACAGGAUCGCAUGUUAGAUUCGAGCGAAAGUGUAAAUGAAGUUUUUAAGGGGGGUAAUGAUACCGCCAAUCAAGAAUAUUCAAAUGAAGUUGAUUUUUACAAUGCAGAAGAUGUUGCCACAGUACAGAAUGCGGCUCAUGAGGAAGAUAACGAUACGCAGCGGGUCGGUGACGCCGACGACACAGAUAACAGGGAAGCUAAGCAGUGCCAAAGUGAUCCUGAGAACUCACCAGUGUAUCUGGACGCGGUGUCUCCGGUUCCAAGUGAGGAGGAUAUUGUGGUUGGUAUGGUAGACAGCAGUGACGUUUUUGAGCAAAAUCGGCAUCGCGUAACAGACAUUUUGCGCAGGCUAGAUUUUAAGUCUAUGGAAAACUUGCGCCAAAGCAUAGAAAACGCUAUGCAGUUGGCGUCUGAGUCAUGUGGUAUUGAGGGCGCCCAUCUUGCCUUCGUGUUGCUGCUGUUCCUGGAAAUGGGCCAACGGGAUCCGGUAAAAUUGUCGCUGUUCGUGACGCUCACCACCAGAACAUUGUCUUCUAUCACAGAUCAAGAUUUGGAUGGUGUUGACGCUGAGAUGAUGCGUAUUCUCAUUGGGGAAUUGGCCCCUUUGAUAUCGAAGGAACUCCCUUUUGAGGUUGCUCGGGCAUUGAUGGACGUCUGCAUUGAUCUUGCUUUCAAAAUGUCGAGCCACUCGGGGACCCUAUUCAGCUCAUUACGCUCACUUAUGAGCGUCGUUGCUAACCGGUGCACUAAUCUAGAAGAAUACAGAGCGGUGCUAAACAUGGUAGUAACCAGGGUUGAAGCCGGCACCUCCCACUCACGCCUGAUCACAACGCUGUUGCUGCGGCUAUUUGAACUCAUGCUUUCAAGUGUGCACAUGACCAACCCGUUUCACGACUGUCGAAGUGCGGUGCAGACGUUGGUGGAUGCUUCCCUGUCGACCAACUUCGCCUUCCUCAAGGCGUUGGUUGAGAGCCUGAUAGCAUCGCCUAACGAGAUUGCCGCCCAUUUCAUGUUGCUAUUCGUUGCGCAACUCAUGAUGGAGAUCGUGCGCGAUCCAAAGAGCACCAUGUUACAGAAGCGCCGCUGUUUGCGCGUCCUGCAGACGAUUUCCGGCUACGUGUUCUCCGUGCUAAAUGCCGUGGAAGAAUCGUGCGGCUUCCUACCCGAGUACGUAUCGUGUUUCAAGUGCAUGAGCACUCCGCUUUUCAAGAUUUCAGUUUUUGACCUUAAUUUGCUUGAAGGUUGUGGCAACGGGCACUCAUCCUCUGACCCGCGCCACUUCGACGCCCAGGUCCUGCAGGAAGUUGCGGAGCGAUACAUGACCCAUUUAGGCGUACACGCACUGAGUGACGGCAGCAUAAGCGAUUUGGUGCUCCUGAUGUCCCUCAAGCACAUUGCACGGGUAAAUUAUGCUGGCGACAUGUUGACUAGCAGACCACACAAACGCCGCAUGGAAACCCGGCCCUCGGAAUCCGUUGGUUCGACUGCUGCGUCAUCGGAACAUUCCGGCGAUAUGAAGCGGUCGAAAUCUACCAAUGGCACUCCGUCGUCCUCAAUGAGCGAAUUACCGGCAGUACCGCCUGAUCCAUCAUGCGCCACUACUACGGUUAACUCAAAUAAUCACGUUGCUGCACCAACUGACGGCAUGGAAGAUGAUGACGAACCAAAUAGCUUCGCAGAUGCAGCGGUUGUUAACGGCCUGGCCAAUAACUGCGACGAAGGCUUUUUGAAUUUGAGCCCUAGCGUCGGAGGAUUCGAGCUGGGGGUACAUGACAAAUCGACGACGCAAGACACCCUCAACCAUGACCUCGACAAUCAGGAUGAUCAUUUGUUGCGUUAUGCACGUAUCGUAUGCCGCCUUUUCAAGGCCACCAGGGGCCAUCGCCUUGACGGGGCAAUGGACUCACAGCUGGGACAGUAUUUCCUCCUCCCGGCACGGCGAUUGCUGCACCUGGAGGAUGCGUCAGAGGCUGGUCUCUGUUUUAGGGUUGUGCUCUACCACAUCUACAACGAGUUGUAUUUGGGAAUAUGGCGCACGAUGACUAACGUCCUGUACACCACCAAUGAGUACAGCCAGCUGAGUUCUGCGAGCUCCUUCCUCUACGAGGUUGUUACAAGGCGUUUUGAUUAUUUGCGGUACCAUGUCGUUCGUAAGCUGCUGGUGGCAUGUAUGGGUGACCAGUGUUACAUGGUGCGUCUGACCGCAUCUCGGCUAAUUUGCGAGUUCUUCAGCCGCCCCCAUAACACGGUCGAGGGCAUUGGCGAUCAGCUGAUGGGCAGGCUGCUGCUAUCAAUGCGUGACGUGAACUGGAAAGUACGUCUGUCCGCGUGUAAAGCGGUAUUCCACUAUGUGAGGAGACAGGGUGUUGACAUGAGCGUCAUGCCUGCCAUAUCGGCGGUGGCCGAACGUACGUGCGACAUUGAGAGGGAACAACCACCAGUUCGUGACAUGGUGUUGAACAUACUCGCUUUCAGCCUCUUCAGCACCGCCAACCCUCUGCUGAAGGCCACCGGCCGCAUGGAUGAGAGCACUGUGGCCCUAGCAGAUCGUUUCGUCAAGGUGAUCCUGUACAAGAUGUGCGCAUUCAAGGCGCGUGACAACUAUGUUGAGCGCGUUCUGGAGCACUACAAAUCGCACAUUGCCGACAUUGAAAGCAGUUCGGACACUGGCUUUUUGCGCGGGUUAGCUAAACAUGAGCUUCAGGAGACUGUGGCCAACCAUAUCAAAUCAGCCUUGGAGAAAUGGAUGAGCCUGCUGUUGGAUCUAUUUUUACUCCGUCGCAGCGAUGGCGCAUCAUUCCACGUGCUUGCUGAGGUGCUGUGCGUCCUAAAGCUGUUUGGCCAGGUCUACCCAGAGCUGUUUGCGUCGUACCUUACCUACUUCCUGCCGUACCUCAGCUGCGACUCCGAGGAGACGUUCGACGCCAGCCGCAUGGAGGUUGUGGUUCUCGUGUGCAACCUGGUGGCCAUAGCAUCGGGGUACUCUAAUGACCUGCAUAAGGUGGAAUCCAAUGUUAUGCAGCUGAUAUCGUUUGAUGCUCCCGCCCUCACCAGGGCAGCCAUCCAGCUACUGGUAGCGCUGGGUUCGUCACAUCACAUCACGGCAAUAUUCGAGGAAUCAUUCAACUACCUCUCAAAUCUACAAUCCGUGCUUGGUGGUGAGCGCAUGUCUCCAGAGGAUAUCGUUAGGGUGAUGUCAUACAACGUCCUGCUGCGCAGUGCCUGGAAGCUAGGCUGCGUGGCUGAGUUCGCGGACCUUUCAACGGAACUAUCGCAUGGCAAAAGUCGCGCCCAAACUUUAUUCGACGUUCUGCUUUCGUUGAUUGAUGUAUUUUACGGUGCAAGUCUGUACAACGUAGCUGGAAUGCUGGUGCAAUCCGUCGCCCGGAUGUUUAUCAACCUUCGCAAUAUCGUCUGCAUCGAAUUCAAGGGAGUCAAACGUAUCGCCCGCAUGUUCAACAACGAAAGCAUGGUUGCCUGUGUCAUGAUGUUGCUCUAUCAGCUGUUAACCGCUUAUGGCAGAUUGGCUUCGCCCACGGAGCAGGACCUCGCCGUGUCUAGUGCUGAGGCGCUACGGGCUGCCCAUAACGAGGUAUUCUGCUGCCUGGGUGGAUUCGUGGAAGGUUUCGUCGCUCUAUUGGCCGUAGAAAACAACGCUCCACGAAGUCUAUCGGUCUGCGGCGGAGCCGACCCAGUGAUGAUCUUGGAGAUCUGCAACAUGGUCCUUGUGAAUAGGCUAACUAACCCCGAGGCCGUGAUUCCGUUUGUCUUCUGCCACAUCGUAUCGCAAGAGCUCAACAGCCAGCGUCUGGCCGAGCAGGCACUCAAGACGCUCGCCCGCAACGACCCGGAUAUAUUCCUCUCCAGGUUAUCGUCAUGCCUCCAAUCGCUUCUGCUGUGCGUCAUCGUCGAGUCGUUCGCCGAGAGCCUCAGGGGCACUUCACGGCCUACAACUCCGCGGUCAUCGGUGGAUCUGUGCGCCAAUGCCGCCAUCGAAACGAAAACUAUUGGCGGCGGUGGCGCUACUCAAGAAACCGUGACACCCAGAGCCGCUGCCGGCGACGUGUCUCCGUCCAAGGUGAACUCCGGAAGCGGCCAGGGCCGAAGCCGCAGUUUUCUGCUGGGUUACGAGUCGGAGCACACCACCGCGCGCGUACGAGGAAUCGUCAGGCUGUUCGUGGAGGCACUGAGUGCCGCUAAGCAUGCCAAGAAGGUGGUGAUAGCGCUAGUCGCUCAGCUGUCGGUGUGCCUCUCCUCCGACUUCCGCGAAGCCGUUGCCACUACGGUGGCGUCGCAACACAUACCCGUGGAAGCCUUGCACGGCAUACGGCCGAACACCGGCGCCCGCCUGCCACGGCAGCUGAUGAAACACCUCGGCCGCGCUAAAAAGGGCGACCCGGAAGGCAUAGAUGACUACUUCGUACUGCUGUAUGUGGACCUGCUGGCUACUGUGCUCGACCACCUCACGUUCAAGGACGCCAGCAUCGCGCGAUUCCUGCUAAAGCGUGUAGCGGAAUGCGACAAGGCCGGCGUUCUCACCGGCCCCGAGGAGAUCCGACGUUAUCGUGACGCUCGUCCAACGAACAUGGCGGAAUCAAAUGAGCCAAAUGUGUCGGAGCACAUCCAGAUCAAAGUCAGGUCACCGGAUGGGUCAGAGGUCUACUUCAAGAUCAAGAAGAAGACCAAGCUCGAGAAGCUUAUGACUACGUACUGCAACAGACUCGGCCAGUCGCCUGACGCAGUGCGCUUCCUUUUCGACGGAGAUCGCAUAAAGGGCGACGCCACCGCCGAGGAACUGGGCAUCGAGCACGGUGACAUCAUCGACGCGAUGGUCUGCAACUCCCCGUUUCUGUGGAGGCGGAGUUCAGAUCCUGGGGAUCUCGGACAGGUAGGCGUCGAAGUUGUCGCUGAGGGAGGCGCCCAUCUCGGAGCACACAUCCACGAGGACAGCGCGAGCGUACUGGAUGGUAUCCUUCAUCUUGCGGCCGUUGAGCAUACCGUACAUCAUGGCGCCAGUGAAGAAGUCGUCAGCGUCGGACCUCUCGACUUCCACCUCGGGGGCGGGCACGUACAGGUACUUGCCGUCGAAGAAGAGCGCGAAGCCCUCCUCUCCGAAGUUGACAAGCAUAGCCUUGUGCGCCGGCUUUUCGCCAGAAGUCUUCUGGUGCAUAGCGUCAGCCGCAUCAUCCCUGCUGGAGAAUUUGUAGACGGCCACGUACUGCUCCAUGGAACCAAAGACGUACUCCGAGCUGUGGAGGAUGGCCUUCAACAUCUCAGCGUCGUAGUCACCGAAGACGACGUCGGUGAAGACGGUGAUGAUCUUCUUGCCACGGUUGAUGGCAGCGUCAACCAGCUUGGCGGUGAAAGCGGUGCGAGAGGCGGUACGGAGCAUGUCGGUGGUGACGACGAAGAAGUCGAAGUUGUCCAUGAUGGAGGCAUCAACGUCAGAGGAAGAGAUGCUGUCGCAGGCUCCAAGAACCUUGUACAGGUUGUAGGUGCCGUCUUCACCGACCAGGGAGAAAAGCUGGCUGGUGAUGUCGUUGCUCCUGCGGACGGUCAUCAUUUCGACGUUGUAGCCGGCCAUGUAGUCGUUGAACUUGGUGGCCAUGCGGUCGUCACCGACGAUACCGAAGUAACCGGCCUUGCCACCGAGCUUAGAGUAGACGAGGGCGGCGGUGGCAGAGGCGUCACCGGGGUGCUCGAACAGGACGUCGGACUUGCUCUCAAUAGCCUCGAAAAGCUCGUGAGUCGGCUUAGUCAGUUCCUCCUUAGCCUUGUUGAACAGACCGAGGACUUCAUCACUGGCGCGAGCGCCAAUGGUCAUGAAUGCAUCACCGGCAAAAAGCACUCUGGAGGGUCCUUGCUCAACAACCUCAUUGCCAUUCAUCAAAAAGGCCGAUGCACCUGA